AUGGUUUUAUUUACUAAAAAAAAUGAUAAUCCAUUAAUGAAAAUUAAUAAUCUGAAAUUAAUUGUAUUUUAUAAAAAAAUUGACUACAUUUAUAAAAUUUAUCAGAAACAAUUUCUCUUAAAUAUUUCAAAUAAUUAUAGUAAAAGUAAAAUGUCUAACCAAAAUACAGAUAAGAAGAGAUAUAAUUGUAUUAAUGAAAAUGAGUCUUAUGUAAUUAAAAAAAAAACCAAGUUAAUUCCAAAAAUAAACAGAGAGAAUUUAAAUCAAAAUAAUAUUAAUCAUUAUUUUUCUUCAAAAAUAAAAGAAACAGAUCAAAAUUUAAAUGAUGAUAUUAAAAGUAAGGGUUCACAUAUAGACACUAUUAAUAAAACUGACAUAAGUUAUACAAAAAUCAUAGAAAAAGAAAAUUUUAAAGAUAUUCAAGAUAAAAGAAAAGAACAUUUAGAUGUUACAGAAAAUAUUAGUAAAAUAAAUUUAAUUGAUACAAAAAAUAUAAUUAAAACUUUCUCUGAAGAAAACAAUUCAAAAGAUUGUCAUAUAAAUAAAGUACAAAUUAUAGUAACAUGGAAUAUGAAUAGUAUAACAGUACGAUAUAAAAAUAAAGAAAAAUGGAAAGAAUUUAUGAAUUUUUUUAAUAAAAUAAAUGCUGAUAUUUUAUGUUUUCAAGAAGUACGAUUACCAGCAUUAAAUUUAUCUGAUUGCAAAAAUAAUAAUGAUAAUGUUAUGAGGGAUAGAAGUAAAGUUAAAAACACAGAUCAAAAAAGUCUUGUUGACUUUCAAAUUAUGGAUACUAUUUUGAAAAAUGAUUUUAAAAAUUACAAUGCUUAUUUUAGUUUAGCAAAUAUAAAAUAUAGUGGACAGCUAGUAUUAAUAAAAAAAACAAUCCAAUUAAAAUCAGUCCGAUAUAAUUUAUCUUUUAAUUUAGAUUCAAAUAUACAUCAUGAUGAAGGAAGAGUAAUUUUAGUCGAAUUUUCAGAUUUCUUUUUGUUAUCAACAUAUACACCCAAUAAUGGAUUUGAUUAUACAAAGUUUGAAAGAAGAAGAUUAUUUGAUGAAGAAUUAGAAAAAUUUGUUGCUUCUUUAAAAAAUAAAAAACCUUUAAUAUGGACUGGUGAUUUAAAUAUUGCACCAGAAGAUAUCGAUUUAUCUCAUCCUGCUGAGUUCCGAAGGAUGAAAAAAAAUGAUGUACCAAAAGAAUUUAUUGGGCAACCAGGCUGUACUGAUUUUGAAAGAAAAAAUUUUAAAAAAAUUUUGAGUUCAGGAGAUUUAGUGGAUUCUUAUAGAUACUUUCAAAAUUUAAAAAGUAACAAAGAAGAUAAUAAAAAUAAAUUAAAUAUUAAUGAAAAUAUAUAUACAUGGAGAUGCCCCUUUCGCAUAGGUAAAUUAUGUAAUAAAGCAAUGAGAAUAGAUCACUUUAUUGUGUCUAAAAAUUUUCUUAAAAAUAUUGAAAAAGUUGAAAUACAUGGUUACAGUGUAUUUCAUAAUAAUUUUUACGGUUCUGAUCAUUGUCCUGUUAUAUUAUAUCUUAAAAAUAUUGAUAAACAUGAUAAUACUGAUAAUAAAUUUAUACAACAAAAAUAA